AUGGCACAGAAUUCGGACGCCGUGAAGCAGGCGAUGUUUGAGGAGCUGGAGAAGAUAUUACACCCCGAUUCGGAGCAGCGUAAAUCUGCAGAAGCUCGGCUGGCGCAGCUCAAGUUUACCGAAUGGUACGGAGUGAUUUUGGCCGAGUUUACUAUCGAACAGCAGAUACACAUUGGUUUACGACAGUUGGCAUCCGUAAUGCUGAAACAGUACGUCAACGAUUGCUGGGCCGAUGGGAAUGACGACGACGUUGUUGGUGACCAAUCUGAUGUUGGUGGCGGUGCUGCUAGUACAACACCAGCCCUGCUAGCGAAUGAUGAAGCAAAGCGCAGGAUAAAACAGAUUCUACCGGAGGGUCUGUACGAUCAAAACAGCAAGAUUCGAUCGGUCGUAGCUUACUGCAUAGCCAACAUUGCACUGUACGAUUGGCCAGGAGACUGGCAGGAAUUGUUCGACGUCAUUGUCAAGUGUCUGAGCGGCACGGAAAACUCCGUAGAUGGAGCGAUGAAAGUGUUGGCCGAAUUUACACUCGAGCUGGAUCGACAGGUCGGCGAAGUGGCUCCGUUGAUCCUUUCGGAGGUGUAUCGGAUUUUUACAGCCGCCAACCAGUACAACGUAACGGCGCGCAAGUAUGCGGUGGAAAUACUGUACUCGUUGUUACGAAGCAUCAACACAAACAUUGAAACGCGCCAGGAAAAGUUCGCCAUCUUGAACCCGGUGCUGCCAAACUUUAUGCAGCGUUUAAUCGAAGGUUUAACGGCACCGAACGGUCCCCACAGCAGCUUCCCGCUGAAGACGCAAAUAAUAAAAAUUCUGAAGUACAUGAUUUCCGACAUGUCCAAGUUCGUGCAACCGUACGUGGGUACAAUCUUACCGACGAUCUGGCAGUUGCUAACGCAACUCGCUGACUUUUACGUGAAGGUCGUCGUGAACGAAAUCGAGGCAGCUCCAUUUAACGGUACCGAACAGGAUGAGGACGUAGUGGAUGAUUUUGUGCAGAUGAUAUUGCAAAUAUUCGAGUUUGUGCACACGAUCAUCGAGAUGAAAAAGUACAAGACAGCGAUCAUGAAUGUGCUGACCGAUCUCGUGUACAUUACCGUGCUGUACAUGCAGAUCACGGAGGAACAGGCCCGCCAAUGGCUAGAAGAUCCGGAAAAGUUUGUCGACGAUGAGGACGAGCAAGGUGUCGAGUUUACGAUACGUGUGACGGCACAUGACGUACUGUUGAUAGUGGGCCGGGAGUAUGAAAAACAGCUGCUGCCUUGUUUCACCGAAGCGCUCGGAAAGCAUAGUGCUGUCGCGGAGGUGGAUCGCAAUGCGGGCAACCCACACUGGUGGAAAAUACACGAAUCGUCCAUGCUGGCGGUCGGUUCCUUCAAGGACAUGAUCGUGGAAAGCCCGGCCAGCUUCGACAUGGGACAGUAUUUGGCACUGAUCAAGAUGUUGAUGGAGAGUCAAGCGUCGCCAUAUCUGCUAGGCCGAUGUUUGUGGCUAUUGAGCCGGUUUUGCGAAUGCGAUAUUCUACGGCAACCUUUCAUGGAGCAGAUUGUCAACGCGACGGUCGACAGCCUAUCGGUGGAUAAACCGAUUGUGCUGAGAAUCAUGGCCGCGCGAGCGAUUUAUGGAUUCUGCAGCAACCUGAAGGACAACAAGGACGAACGUCACGUGCUAAUACAGUCAAAGAUGGAACAUUUCUUCGAUGGAUUGGUUGGAUUGUUUGAACAAUCGCAAAACACAGUGCUUGGUUUGCUGUUGGAAGCAUUAAGUGCGAUCAUUUCGUUCGAUGCCAACGUUACGGCCACCCUGUGCCCGAAGAUAAUCAACGUCACGAUGAGCGUGUUCCUUAAAUAUCACGACGAUCGUUUCCUGCUGGAGAUGGUGCAGGAUGUGUUCAAGAUCCUUUCGCAGAACCCAUUCUGUUUGCUACCGCUUCAAGAUCGCAUCAUCCCGACGAUCGUGAACAUCUUCAACCACGACCAGGCGGCACCAGGCAAGCAAACACUUUCGCCCGAAAUAGCGCUCGAUGUGUUGCAAACGCUGGUGAAGAAUUCCCAGGCACCGUUGAGCGAUGCCAUGAUCGAAAGCGCCUUCCCGUCCGCUGUCCAUUGCAUACUGCGUGCCGAAGAUCACUCGGUCAUGCAGGCGGGCGGUGAGUGUUUGCGAUCGUUCUUGAACAUAUCACCGGAGCAGAUCUGUCGCUACAAGAAUGGGGAGGGUCUGAACUAUGUGCUGCAGGUCACUACAAUGCUGCUCAAUCCGAUGAACACGGAAUCGACCGCAUCGUUUAUUGGCCGGCUGGUUAUUACCAUCAUCACGAAGGUGGGAAACCUGCUGGGCGACUCCGUUGAUCUGUUACUUAAGGCGGUGCUGAGCAAGAUGCAACUGGUGAAAAGUCUCAAUGUUAUCAUGAGCCUCGUCACCAUUUUUGCCCAUUUAAUUCUGCUCCAGCUCGAUGCAGUGAUGAACUUUCUCAGCACGGUCCCGGGACCUACGGGAGAGACGGCCAUGAGCUUCGUGCUGGCCAACUGGCUCAGCAGGCAGCACCUGUUUUAUGGACAGUACGAACGGAAGGUAACCACACUGGCGCUUUGCAAGCUCUUCGAACACGGUGUCACCACGAUGGACGAUCGGUUGAACAAUGUCGUGAUCAAAGAGGUGUUACCGGUGGACUCUGUCAAUCCCCGUCGUACACGAUCGACCACCAUCAAAACGAUGUGGGUCGAUACACCGGUGUUGGUUAAAAUAUUCAAACUGUUGCUACACGAGCUGGGCAGUUUGUACGAAGCUAAGGAAGCGUAUACCAAGAAUCUGGAUAGCGGGGACGACGAAAACAGUUCGAGCGAUGACGAGACGGACGUUAGUGUCGAUAGUGCUGGCAAGAUUUCGUUCCAUACGCUGCUAACGCAUAUGGACGAAGGCGAGGAGGACGAGGAGGAGGACGAAGAUGAUCGGCAACUGAUGGCAGAACUGAUGCAGGAUCCAAUCUUCCAGUGCGAUACGAUGGAGUAUUUGAACAAGUUUUUGAACAGCUUCACCCAGCAUGAUAAUUUCGUUGCGUUCUUGGGGAAAAUUGACGACGCGGAAAAAAGAAUACUGGAAACGGUACACGUCCCGCCAAUGUAA